AUGUCUUGGUUAACAAAAGUUUCUGAUUUUGCUGGUAAGGCCGAGGAUCUUCUGAACAGAAUCGAUCAAAACACAGCUGAUGUGCUGAGGAGACCCAGAGCUGGCACUCCUAGUGCACAUAGUGUGCAGUUGACUAGGGUCGAGAGUGAAGCGUCGCUACUAAAUGAAACAGCUGUCUCUGAACCUGGUGUCGCCAGUCCAUACAAGCAGCCAAUCCGCUCUCUUGCUCUUUCAUCUUCGAAUCGUUCGUUCCAAAGCCGUAAAAAAGAUGAUAAAGAAGUAGAUGAAUUGAUCUCAUAUUUGAAUGAAAACGAUCAUCCAAAAAUGCAUAGCCGACGUUCGUCGAACUCCAGUCAUUUAUCAUUACCAGUACCUCACACUUCUCAGCCAUCACAUGGACUGCCAGGUUCAUCGACAUCUCCAAUUGUAAAUACAUUCUUGGAGAUUGAUGAUAAAGCAGAACUACAGGCCCAGUAUUCUGACACGCUCAAAAGUCUUCAUCUCAAAGAAAGUCAAAUGGCUGUUAUGAGCGUUAAAUUACAGGAAGCUGAAGACGCUGUAGCGUAUAAGGAAGCGAAAGUAGAGGAAUUGAUCAAAGAAAAUAAGGCACUACGUGAGGGCAGUAGGUCGUUGCAACAUUCAUCAGAAGAUGUCCCAAAUAUGGAAAGUCCUCAAGCAGCUGAAGUGGCUAAUUUGGAAAAAAUGGAAGCGGAAUAUAAACGAGAAAGAAACGAAUUCGAAAGACGUGAGGCAGAAUACACAAAACGAUUAGAGAAAGCGAGUGCUGAGAAGAGUGCGUUGGUGAACGAAAUUCAAAAAUUAAAAUCAUCAUUAUCCGAAAUGGAAAUGAUCAAGAGACAUUAUACUGAAGAGUUAAGGUUGGCAAAAUAUAAUUUGGAGGCUAACAAACAUGAGUUCGAUGAAUAUAAGCAGAAAGCGCAAAAAAUAUUGUGUGCCAAAGAGAAAUUAUUGGAAACACUGAAACAAGGUGGUUCGAAGGAGGGCAAUAGCGGUGAGAAGUCAGUGGAACUGGAAGAGUUACGAUGCGAAAGAGAAUUGCUGAAAGAAGAGCUGCAACAGUCACAGCUAGUCGUUUACAAUUUAAAAGCCGAUAUUCAGGAUAUGGAGAAUCGAUUGAGAGAAGAGCAAAAAGCAUCAGGUGCACAUCGUGAAGCACUUCUUGAGCAGUGUCAUCAGCAUCUGAGUGAAGCGAAUCAAUACCGAGAAAAAUUGGAACGAACGCAACUUGAAUUUGAGUUUUUGCUAGCAGAAAUGCGUCGUCAAGAAGAGGCGGUAGAUCGUAAACUGGCUGAAAAAGACGUGGAGUUGAUGAAAUUGAUGGAAGAACGAAGAACGACGAGAAAGUAUGAAGCCGGUGAAGCUGAGCAGAGAAUAGCGUUAAUGAGCGAAAAAUUGAUUGCGAAACAAACGGAUAUUGAACGACUUGAGGGCGAAAAAAGGGCGAUUACAUUGCGUCUUGAGAGAUCUGAGCGAGCAUAUCGUCAAGCCGAAGCAGCGGCAAUAAAAGCGUGUGCAAUAGAUAUGCGCGAAACUGGCAGCAGUAAUCGAAGUACAUCAUUUUUACCGAGAAAACCUAAUGACAGUGCAUCAACAAUCGCAUUCAAAUCAGUUGUUAAUAUUGUUGAUUUGGCUGGAUUCCGUUUAGCGAAUUUCAUGCGCAGUCCUGUAUUCCGAAUCUUUUUCUUAAUUUAUUCGAUCCUUUUACACAUUUGGGUAUUUUUUAUUGUUUUCACAUAUACACCCGAAGUUCAUCCACUUUGA